UUAAAAAGGGUUUCAUCAUCUUCACUGAUAAAAGAAAACUUGUUCCCUCAUAUACUGAAUGUCCUAGCUUCGGUUUUGUCCUCUCUCACUGCCGCUGAUAUGGAAGCCAGCGCCGGUCUUGUUGCCGGUUCGCAUAACCGUAACGAGCUUGUUGUCAUUCACAACCACGAAGAGCCGAAGCCUCUGAAGAAUCUGGAUGGACAAUUCUGUGAGAUAUGUGGAGAUCAGAUUGGGUUAACAGUGGAAGGAGACCUGUUCGUAGCUUGCAACGAGUGUGGUUUUCCAGCGUGCAGGCCAUGCUACGAGUACGAGAGAAGAGAAGGGACACAGAACUGUCCUCAGUGCAAGACUCGUUACAAGCGUCUCAGAGGAAGCCCAAGAGUGGAAGGAGAUGAGGAUGAAGAGGAUAUUGAUGAUAUUGAGCACGAGUUUAAUAUCGAUGAUGAACAUAACAAGCAGAAUCAUUCUGCUGAGUCCAUGCUCUAUGGGAAAAUGAGCUAUGGAAGAGGUCCUGAUGAUGAUGAGAACGGGAGAUUCCCACCUGUUAUAGCCGGUGGCCAUAGUAGACAUGUAAGUGGAGAGUUCCCAGCUGGAGGAGAGCAUGGGCUUCAUAAGCGUGUUCACCCAUAUCCAUCUUCUGAAGCUGGGAGUGAGAGAUGGGAUGAUAAGAAGGAGGGAGGAUGGCGAGAAAGAAUGGAUGACUGGAAGCUCCAGCAAGGGAAUCUUGGUCCAGAACCAGAUGAUGAUCCUGACAUGGGACUGAUAGACGAGGCAAGGCAGCCACUCUCGCGGAAAGUUCCCAUAGCAUCAAGCAAGAUCAAUCCAUAUAGGAUGGUCAUAGUUGCUAGGCUUGUGAUUCUAGCAGUUUUUCUACGUUAUAGACUCUUGAACCCUGUGCAUGAUGCUCUGGGGUUAUGGCUAACCUCUGUGAUCUGUGAAAUAUGGUUUGCCGUCUCUUGGAUUCUUGAUCAGUUCCCCAAGUGGUUCCCUAUUGAUCGUGAGACCUAUCUAGACCGUCUCUCCCUCAGGUACGAGAGAGAAGGUGAACCAAACAUGCUUGCCCCUGUAGAUGUCUUUGUAAGUACAGUGGAUCCUAUGAAGGAGCCUCCCUUAGUCACAUCCAACACCGUCCUAUCAAUCUUGGCCAUGGACUACCCUGUUGAGAAAAUCUCCUGCUACGUCUCUGACGAUGGUGCUUCAAUGCUCACAUUCGACUCUCUAGCAGAAACAGCCGAGUUUGCAAGAAAAUGGGUUCCCUUCUGCAAGAAAUUCUCCAUAGAGCCACGUGCUCCGGAGAUGUACUUCACGUUGAAAAUUGAUUAUCUCAAGGAUAAAGUCCAGCCAACGUUCGUUAAAGAACGUAGAGCCAUGAAGAGAGAGUAUGAGGAGUUCAAGGUGAGGAUCAAUGCUCUUGUGGCUAAAGCCUCAAAGGUUCCUCUAGAAGGUUGGAUCAUGCCAGAUGGAACACCAUGGCCAGGGAACAACACUAAAGACCAUCCCGGUAUGAUCCAAGUCUUCCUCGGCCGCAACGGUGGAUUUGAUUGAAGGCCACGAGCUCCCUCGCCUU